UUUUCCAAGAGGGAACUUGCUUAUGACUUCCCUUAUAAAUUCACAUACAUUCACAAUACACUUGCUCACGCUUACAAUUAAAAACUCCAUUGACAACCAUGGCGCUCACCAUUGAAGAAUACCAAGUACAAGAUGAUCGCUACCAACUUUACGAUGUUUACUUCUUUAGUGACAAAAUCCUAACGACCGUUACUCAUGAUCCAGACAUAGUAACGGACUGGAUCAACGAAAUUGAGUACGUCCAUCGACGACGUCUCAAUCGUCUUAUUGUUGGCCUAGACGUAGAAUGGCGGCCUAAUUUCAACCGUUACCAACAAAAACCAGUUGCAACUCUCCAGCUUUGUGUUGGUCGUCGUUGUCUCAUAUUUCAACUAAUUUAUUGCCAAUAUAUACCUGAUGCCUUAACGGAGUUUAUGUUGAACCCUUGUUAUGCUUUUGUUGGAGUGGGAGUUAAGAAUGAUGUUGAGAAGUUGGAGGAGGAUUAUGAGUUAUGUGUGGAGAAUGUUGUUGACUUGAGGUACUUGGCGGCUGAGGUGUAUAAUUCCAGGAACUUGAGGAAUGCUGGCUUGAAGACACUAUGUGAAGUUGUGCUUGGAAGAGAGAUUGAAAAGCCGAGGCAUGUUACUAUGGGGAGAUGGGAUAAUGAAUGGCUCGAUAUGGAUCAAGUGCAGUAUGCUUGUAUUGAUGCUUUUGUCUCUUUCGAGAUUGGAAAGAGUUUGAAUGCUUCAGGGUAUUAAUCUUAUGAUUGAUUGGAC